CCUCCAAAACCCUAAGACCCUCUCACAGAGAGAGCAGCCAUGACCACCAGUCUGAAGAAGAACCGCAAGAAGAGAGGCCACGUCAGCGCCGGGCACGGCCGUAUCGGCAAGCACCGCAAGCAUCCCGGAGGCCGUGGAAACGCCGGAGGCAUGCACCACCACCGCAUCCUCUUCGACAAGUACCACCCGGGGUAUUUCGGUAAAGUCGGCAUGCGCUACUUCCACAAGCUCCGCAACAAGUUCCACUGCCCCGUCGUCAACCUCGAGAAGCUCUGGUCAAUGGUGCCCCAGGAGGUCAAGGACAAGGCGGCCAAGGGAACCGGCGGCGAGGCUCCGUUGCUCGAUGUGACGCAGUUUGGGUACUUCAAGGUCUUGGGCAAGGGGAAGCUUCCCGGAUCUCAGCCGUUGGUUGUGAAGACCAAGCUGAUCUCUAAGGUGGCUGAGAAGAAGAUCAAGGAGGCUGGUGGCGCCGUCGUGCUCACCGCUUAGGGUUUUUUUCUUUGAAUUCUCUGUGUUUUUUAAUUUCAGAAUUAUAAUAUUGUUGCUACACCGUAGUUGAGUGAGAAUUUUUUAAAUUUUCAUCUGACUGCUUUAGAAUGAAAAUUGGAGCUUAAAUUUGCGACU